AUGGCAGAUAAUAAUGAUGACCUUUUUGGUUAAGUUGAGAAUAACACAUAAUAAAACGAUGUUCAUGUUGAAGAUAUUGAAGAUAAUGACGAUUAUAAUUAGGAGGAUCACAUUGACGAAAAUGAAGUAGGAAAAAAAAAAGAGAUGCGUAAGAAGAAGAAAGAAGAAUUUGUCAAAAGGUAUUUGAUGGAGAAAGAGUGGUGGAAGGAUGAAUAACGCAAAAUAGAGGAGUAAAAAAGGAAAGAAUAAGAAUUAAUGAAAAAGAGAAUGCAAUAAUUUACUAAUGCAGAUUAACUUUCAAUUUUAGAAAAGUACGAAGCACAAGACUAAGAAGAUGAAUUUUUCAAGCCAAUGACAAAAUUCAAAGGACCAACAAGUGAUAGAGUACUAACAAAUAAAUACUGUAUUUAUUUAUGGAUAGUUUUGAACGGUUUCUUUGUUUUUACUUCUAUUUAUGUUUUAAGUGAUGGUAGGCCAUCUCGUCUCGCUAAUGGCUAUGAUUUCAGAACAGAACUUUGUGGAAAUGGGAAGUACUCUAAACAGCCUUAUCUGUAUUAUUUAAACCCUGUUUAAGAUAUAAGAGUAGCUAUGUGUGUCUCUUCUUGUCCUACUUCUUCAGGUCCACUUAUUUGUUUAUACGACACAUCAGGAAAGACAUAUGAUUAAGUUUUUUCAAAAUUCUGUUAUACCUAAAUGCAGUCUUCGAAUAGGAGUAAAUAUUGUGUUCCUAAUGAACCCAUUAAUGGAGCUGUAGUAAACUCCUACUUAGAAAGCUUCGAUCUAUCUGUCAAGAGAUAUGCAUCUGAUAUUAUGCUUGGAGUUGAUAUCAUGCUUUGUGGAGCAUUACUAACAGUUAUUUUGUCCUUUUCAUUUUUGUAUUUUUUAAAAAAUUAAAGCACGGUUUCUUGCUUUGUGAGUUUAGUAUUUUUAUUCAUUUUGAUGUGCUGUGGUGGUUUAGCGUUCAUGUUUUACAGAGAAUACCUUUUAGAACUUCAAAAAAAUUGUUUCACUUUAAGAGAUGAAAAUAAUUGUGUUGGUUCAAGAGGUUACUCUUUUAGGAGUGCUGCAAUUAGCGUUGUUGUCUUGGCAGGCUUGUAUGUGAUACUUUUAAUGAUUUUAUCAAAAAGAAUAGUUAAAAUAGUAGGAUUUCUUAAAAUAGCAUCUUAGGUUGUAUAAAUCAUGUAACAAAUUAAGUGGAUUCCCUUUUAUGUUCUUAUAAUUGCUAUUGUUGUUGCUGCUCUAUCUCUUAUUAAUGUCCCUUUUGGACUAUCAGUAGCUGAUGUUGUUGUUGUAAAUUCUAACCCAGGAGCAAUCAGUGGAGGGAAACUGAAAGUUAUGUAGUUUAGCGGAUUUGCUUACUUUAUAGGGUUUUAUGAUUUUUUUAUAUUUAUCAUAUGGAUGCUGUUUUUGUUAGGAUUUAGAGAUUUAUUUGUAAGCUAUAGCAUUACUCUUUGGUUUUUUACAAAAAGAAAAGACACAGUUCAAAUUCCUAAAUGGGUUAUUUUCAAGAACAUUUUUAGAUAUCACUUUGGUACUGUAGUCAUGUUUUCACUUAUUAGUACUGUAAUCACAAUUCCUAAGAUAUUUAUUAUGGCUCUUAGAAGAUCACUAAGAAGUUUGCCAUAAUAUUUAAAUUCAGUUCGUUACUUUUAGGCUACUUGUAACUGCUGUUUAUUUUCUUAUGAGAAGUUUUUACGUUAUUUCUCCAAAAGCUCUCUUGUCCAAGUUGCUAUUACAAGCAUGGAAUUUUAUCCUUCCUCUAAAAUAGCAUAUUUUUUGAUUUUUAGAAAUAAAGAAAAGAUAUCUGACAUGGAUGGAAUGCAAUAAUUUGUAGUAAGUAAUAUAAAAUUCCUAAUUUCGUUUACGUCCUUCCUAUUUGUCUAUGUUAUCCUUAGUUUUAUCAAUACAACACCUUUGACAAAUUACAGUACCUCAGAAAUCGAAAACAAGUUUUUCCCUGGAUUAAUAGUUGGAAUGUUUUCUUACUUCUUUUCAUCAAUAUUUCUUGGGUCAUAUGAUAUAACUUGCAAAUCAGUAAUCUAAUGCUACCUGAUUGAUCAAGAAAUAUUUUAUGGUGAGAAUAGAUAUGUGGAACCUUUUAUUAAAAAUGUAUUCGAAUAUUAUGUCUAAGAAGAUUUAGAAAAAUAUAAAAUCUAGUCAAAAGCUGGUGUAAAUGUAGAUGAGAAUAAAGUUUAUGAAAAAGAUAAAUCAGAUGAUGAAAAAGCUUAAAGUGAAGAUGAAGACUCUUAGAAUAGUGAUGAAGAAGAGUUUUAAAAAAAUAAAAAGAACACUGCCAUUAUAAAUGAUAAUACAGCUACAACAAAGAUGUAAACUGCUACAGGAGCUAUUAAACCUGCUAAUGAUUCUACAUUAUUAGGAGCUAAACCUAUGACUAAUACUCUUAAUACACAAACAAACUAUGGUACUCCAUAACGUUUAAUAACAGAUGAAAAAUCUGGAUUUAAUAAUAGUCCUCAAAAUCCAACAGCUAUAAUUAAAAAUAAUAAUUUACAGACUAGGGAAUAAGAAUUAGUGAAUUUAAACAAUAGUAAUGAUAGUGAUGACUAUAAUUAAAAAAGUAUAACCAUAAAAAACAAUAAUAAUAAUUCAAGUCUUGCUUUCAAUUAAUCUAAUUUUAGAAUAAAUACAGCAGCUUCGAAUUAAUAAACUCCAAUUAUUGCUUCUUAAAAUAACAAAGUCACUCCUACUACUAUCUAACUUACAAACCUAUAAAAUAUUAAUUAUUCAUCAAGUGGAAAUAAUUAUCAAAGAUAGCCUCAAGGUAAUCAAUUCAAUAACUAACGAAUUAAUUCAUAAUCUUAAUUAAAUGGGCCAAUGUUUAACUAGUAUAGAGAUAACACUGCUCCAAUUAUGAACUAGCCUAGAAUUCCUUCACAGUCUAACAUGUUUAUAGGAAAUACAUAGCCAAUUAGCAGCAUACCUUCUUAAACUAAUUUUUUGUAUAAUGGGCAAAGACCUACUUAACCCUCAAUGCAAAAUAUUAGAUAAUCUUAUCCAAUGUUCACAAAUAAUUAAUAAAAUGAUGGUGAUGAUGAAGAUGACGAUUAUGGAUUAGGGGCUAAUCCUUAUGCUACUGUAGAUAUAAAUAAAAAUACAUAGUAACGUUAACCUAAUAGGAAUGAAAUGAGAUUGCUUAACGCUUCUUAUGCCUCAAGUGGAAUAAGAGGAGCUACUGGAUAAUCUAAUGCUAGUAAAGUUUCUAAGGUGAGUAAGGCUUCUUUUGAUCCUUUCGUAUAAUUUUAAUAGAAUCAAAUAAAUGUAGAUAGUGAUGAAGAAGAUGAUAAUUGA